ACAUUAUUUACCUUGAGAGCUCAUAAUAAUAAAACUACAUAAUUGGUUAUAUCUAUAUUGACCCGAAAAAGUAAGGCGAUAAAUACCGGUGAGUGUAAUUAAAGCUAUAUCAUUUUCACACAGGGAGUACCAAACAGAAUUCAUAAUCUUUAGUCAAAAGAGUAGAGAAAAAAUACGGUGGCAGUAAAUGAAAGCAAAAGCCGGGACCGUUGACUCGUAUGGCAUAUAUGGUGCGAUGAUGAAUACAAAACCAGAAGUUCCCAACCUCCACCUGCCGCUUAUUAACCCCAUCCUUUUUAUCUUUUCCCCAGAGAGAGAAAGAUACAGAAGUGAGAGUGAGAUAUCAAUGCUCUGCAAAUCUGCCAAUCUUACGUGUUUCAGAGCGCUUUUAAUUUCAUUGAUCGAGAAAUAAAGAUGGACAGGUCUUGGUUUUCGCGAAUAUUAUAUUGAAAUGAUUUUGGGAUUUCCUUCCCACCCUUUAUCUUCUUCGUCCUUUUCGUCUUCCUCGUUGCCAUUUACUUGCGCAUCCGCUUGAGCCAGUGAAGAAGCGGAGGGAUUAUUAACGGAGGAGAAUAAGAAUUUUCGAUUCAAGAUGGUGUUGGGAUGGAGGCGGCCUUUCUGUGCAUCGAUCCCCAGAGAUCUCGAUUCCAUGGAACAAGCGCAUACUACGCCUCAGCCGAGUCCUAGAUUCGGAUCCAAGUUCGGAUUCUUUUCGAAUCCUUCGACGCCGCGGAUGCACCACUCUCCACCGCCUGAAUCUACGCCUUCUCUCCGUUGCCGCACUACAGUGACUCCGCCUGCCGACAGUCCGAAACACCAGUCUAAGAGCCCCAGAUUCUUCCACCGCUCACAGCCUUCUUCUCCGCGUUCUCCUUCCCCUUUUUCUCUCCUCAAAUCCAGCCUCCGUCUCUCUAAGAGCAGGUGUGGGAUAUGUUCAAGGACGGUGAAGUCCGGGCAAGGGACGGCCAUAUUCACGGCGGAAUGCUCUCAUAGCUUUCACUUCCCCUGCGUUGCUGCACAUGUGAAGAAACAAGGCAGCCUCAUUUGCCCCAUUUGCUGCUCAACUUGGAAAGAGCUGCCCGUGUUAUCUCUACACGAUGAGGAGAUGAAGAUACUGGAAGUGGAAAUGGAAGAGAGAACGAUCCGACAAGUUACGCCUAAAGGAAUGAAGGAUGUUCGUGUAAAAAGUGAAGUUAAUGAUAAGCAGCGCCAAAAGGGAAGGGCGAUUUUGAAGGUCUACAAUGAUGAUGAACCACUGAUGUCUCCCACUUCUGGAGCACGUUUUAACCCUAUACCUGAAUCGGAUGAAGAGAAUGAGGAAUUUCAGGGAUUUUUCUAUGAAAAGGCAAGUCCAGUGAUGCACACGCCUGCUGCUGUGGUCUCCAAUAACGUUGAGGCGACGCUGUUGCCUGAGGCGGCUGUGGUUUCUGUUGGGAGGAGUCAGGAAACUCAUGCGGUGGUUCUGCGACUCAGAGCUCCGCCGGCAUCGCUGGUCACUUCUCGGAAAGCUCCGAUUGAUCUAGUAGCGGUGCUAGAUGUUAGCGGGAAGAUGACAACCGAUAGCAUCCAAGUAAUGAGACGCGCUAUGAGGUUGGUGGUUUCGUCACUCUCUGCAACAGACAGGCUCUCUAUCGUGGCUUUCUCUGCAACAUCAAAGCGUUUGCUGCCGCUGAGGAGAAUGACGACAAGCGGCCGGCGCUCUGCGCGUCGUAUAGUGGAUGCGAUGGUUUCUCUUGGUGGAGCGGCGAGUGCAAUCGACGCUCUCAAAAAGGCCGCGAAGGUUCUGGAAGACCGCCGUGAGAGAAACUCUGCCGCCAGCAUCCUUCUCCUCUCAGAUUGCCAUUACGAGCAGUUAGCCGCCAGCUCAGUGUACCAGAGACCUCAAUCUCCGGUGAUUUCGUCCUCCAAGUUAUUCGGGCAAAAUGAGAUUCCAGUAUAUUCCGUCGCAUUGAAUGAUGCAGCUGGGUUCGGAUCCGGGUCAACCGAAGAUGGACUCACAAAGUGCAUUGGCGGGUUACUAAACGUCGUCGCUCAUGACCUUCGCGUUGAACUCAAAUUUGUUUCCGGUUCCGCUCCGGCGGAAGUAGCCGCAGUUUAUUCGAACGGCAGCCGUCCGGUUUGUCACGGGUCGGGUCAUAUCCGUUUAGGAGAUUUUUACGCAGAGGAGGAGAGAGAAUUGAUGGUGGAACUGAAAGUCCCAUCAUCAGCCACUGGGGCCCACCACGCGCUGUCCAUUCGAUCCGUUUACAAAGACCCGUCAACUCAAGACCUCAUCCAUUGCAAGGAACAAGCCUUGUUGGUCCCGCGAGCCCACGCCGUUAGAUCUUCAAGUGAAAACAUCAGACGGCUGAGAAACCUCUUCGUAUCGACGCGAGCCGUAGCCGAGUCCCGGAGAUUAGCCGAUCGUAGCGAUUUCACCGGCGCGCGGCGGAUGCUGUCUUCGGCUCGAGCUUUGUUAAUGCAGUCAAACUCCGGGCAGGCGGACGAUCUGAUCACCGGCUUGGAAGCCGAGCUGUCGGAGCUGCAUAGAACUAGGCAGAACCAACAAAACCAGAUCCAACGGCGCGGAAGGGAUGAAGAGAAAGGCGAGCCCCUGACGCCAACAUCGGCCUGGCGCGCCGCGGAAAUGCUUGCAAAAGUAGCUAUGAUGAGGAAGUCGUUGAAUAGAGUCAGCGACUUACACGGCUUCGAGGACGCCAGAUUUUAGAAUUUUUUUCUGCCGUUGCAAUCCCACCCUCAUCCCGCACCGCACCCACCCACCCACCCACCCCACCUCAAUUUCUCCCCAUUCAAAAAAAUUAUUAAUGGAAUGUUAAUUUGUACUCACUAGAGUAAGAGAUUGAAGACUAAAAUAAUGUAAUUUAGAAAAGAAUGGGACCCAACUUGCGCAUAUAAAUACAAUAGGGUCACGACCAAAACAGUUACUCGGGCUGUGUCUGCAGGUUAUGAUUGAUUGAUUUGAGGCAGUGAGGAGGGGAGGGGCUCUCCAAUUUGUCUUCAUUUUACUAUUUAAUUCUAGUCUUAUUUUUAAUCAAUUUCAGUUCCUUCUGUUCAUUUAUGGAAUCUUAUACUCCAUGUUCAUAUUCUAUGGGGUUGAACAGAAGAGGGCAAUACCCUGUUCAUUUUGAUUUCUCAAUUAAUAUUCCAUGGGAUGGGAGUAUCAAUUAGUUAAAUGUUGAGCAAUGUUCUCAAUGCAUUAACGCCAAUGGGGCUUAUUGUGUCAUUUGUAUGUAUGCAAACUAUGCAUGUCUCACUUGCACCUGACUCCAAUUUUGAAUGAGAUCUAGUAUGCUAACC